GAGAGUUGGCGUCUAAUGCUUUAAACUUGUCCUGGGUCCAUACUUAGAGCAAAUUGGUAAGUGUUGUACAGCGACCAGGUGCAUGUUCCGACUUGGUGCAACGCCUUCCAUGCUUUUGUCGGAAGACGUGCCAGAUCCUCCCUUGACGGUGAUCUUUCCCGCCGCCCCUCCGAAAAGUACGUCAAGGAUAAUCUUGGUGUCGGAAGAACUUACAAGUUUUUCAAGAUGUUUCAUCGAACAGCACUGUCCGGUGUCCACAACGUACCCACCUCCGCGAUUCUCCGUCGCCCAGAGCUCGUCUCAUGCCCACAAUGCAUCACUUCUGGCGCUACAAGUUGAGAAAAAGGUAGGCGUAAGGACUGUAACGCCUCCGGCCCUUUCAUUUCCGUGUCGUGUGAAUGGAGCUACUCGAUGAAUUGACACUUCCUGACUCGGUGUCUACGCACUCUCCAACGGAGCAUGAUGCCUGUGAAGCAAUCUAGGCUCAAGCCCCCCUCACUACGUCCCCGCAACUUGCUCGCCCCGGCUUGUCCCUCAUUUAGUCGAGGUACUUCAAGGGUUCCGGCGCAGUUUACGAAGGGCCGCCGGACGGUCCAAGCUGGAGGGUCAUGCCAGGGAGGAGCAGUGGCUCCCGGCGGAAAGUAAGUGCGUUCGUUCAGAGUCAAAUCCGUAGGCCGGUGUCCCUACUAUAGAACAUACCAGUACAACCACGUCAGCUCCGCAGCACUGUCUUGCUAACUAACUUUUCACCGCCUCAAAGUACCCGGAGGUGCGGCGGAGUCAUCGACGGCGUCCACAAUCCGACGCUUCCGAUACUUCUCCCGAGGCCGACGCCCGAACUAUUUCCUUUUAUGGAUGUUCAUGCGCUAUUUAUAGCGAACGUGAGUCCGUGGAAAGCAUGAGCGGAUUUAUAACGUCUGUAUCGCAUAACGAUGCUGACUGACACGAUCUCGAGAACCAUCCUGAAUCUACUGUAAAUUGUAGUCUAACCGGGUAUGCUCCGCUCCGGUUUGUUGGUCAGUUCAGGGUUAUAAUUUGAUAAUAAGCAAAGCAUGUGAAUCAUGUUUAGGAGAGAAGUGGUAGAAGUCUGUAGAGGCGGCUCAUUCCUAUCGAGCGGAACGAAUAUAACGAGAUAAGUUGUUACGUUCUCUUAUACAAAGUUAUCAUAAGCCAUUAUCUAUGAGGUAAA